AUGGUCAGCAGAUGGAUAGGCGCUUCUGCUCUUGUUGCUCUGUUCUCUUUCGCUGCAUGGCUAGUAGACAACGAACAGCUUCCUGCUGCAAAGUUAGCAAGGAACGAUUAUCCAACGUUUUCUCCCAUAAAUCGUUCAAAUACCUUGCUUCGAAACCAUGUGCUUCAAGGUCCCUCUGCAUACUCAGUGGAAACUAUUAUUUUUUCUCCUGGUGGAAGAAUGUUUGGGUUACAAGGUGAUGGGUAUCUGGUAGAAUUUGACAGUGAUAGUCAGACUGCAAGAAGCAAGCGAGUUAUAUAUCUGGGUCCAGGCCGAUUGCUAGGCGGCAAGUUUCAUUCUGAUCAUACAUUAUUCAUUGCUUGUGCUCUCAAAGGUCUUUUACGGGUGCAUUUUGACAAGAGCUUUGUUAAUAGACCGUCAGUUGAGCUUGUAUACUCAGAGGGCAUCACCCUGGCAGAUGAUAUCGCUAUCGGACCGAUUUCAAAGAAAGUUUAUUUCACGGUUGCCACCGAUAUUCUUCCAUGGAGGACAAGGAAAAGUCAAGAUGAGUUUGAUGUAGUGGGCGCAUCUAUCUUGGAUUGUAUCCGCGGUAAACCAGCAGGCAAAGUGUUGGAAUAUAAUCCGCAAACGGGUCACGUAAACGUCCUAGCAGAAGGACUUUGGUUUGCAAACGGGCUUACAAUUUCGCCUGAUGAAUCAUACUUGCUAGUGGCUGAGACGUUUGCGGCGCGUCUCACUAAAAUAUGGUUGAGACGGCCUGAGAGGGGAAGGCGGGAAGUGCUGGCUUCUAGAUUUCCAGGAUAUAUCGAUGGAGUCACAAUAGAUCCAAAAGCACACACGGCAUGGGUAGCUGUUCCGACUGCAGCGCCGAGGCUGGCGGGGUUGAUUUCUUCCCUACCAAGUGAUGUGAUGGAUCAGUUAAUCCGAAGCGCACUUAUGCUCUUGCCGAGCUGGAUGCUCCCUGCGCAAUCUCCAUAUUCCUGCCUGGUGGAGGUUUCGUUAGAGGACGGCGCUAUCCUCAGAGAGCUUCAAGAUCCUGACGGCCAGCGAAUGAGGAUGGUCACAAGUGUUGUGAUACGAAACGGCAACCUGUACCUGGGAUCGCUGGAGACUAACUUUGUUGGGGUCAUCAGGCUGGAUUCGCUCUCGACUUGA